AUGCGUACCUCCGAAGUUCAAAAGCCAUUGUUGGACAGCGUCCAGGAGACUCUCCGGCGAUAUGAUUCCCAGCUCAAGGAGAUCAAUCAUAAGAUCUGGUCUAAUCCCGAACUUGCCUACGAAGAGUUCCAAGCCCACGAUCAUAUCUGUGAUCUCUUCAGCGGUCUCGAGUCCCAGGGGUAUCAGGUUCGUCGCAAGGUCUACGGCUUGGAGACAGCUUUUGAAAUUGAAUACACCCAUGGAAGUGGUGGGCGCCUUGUGGUGUUUAAUGCAGAAUAUGAUGCACUCCCCGGAAUCGGCCAUGCAUGUGGUCACAAUCUGAUCGCGACAAGCGCAAUUGCGGCCUUUCUUGCUACCUGCGAGACGAUGAAGUCACAGGCGCAGGCAUCAGGGAUAUCCGGUUUCACCGUCCGUCUGUUGGGAACCCCGGCUGAGGAGUCGGGGGGCGGCAAAGUGAAGCUGAUCGAAGCGGGAGCAUACAAGAACGUCGACGCCUGUUUGAUGGUACACCCAGCUCCCAUGUCCCCCAGUCAUCCAGAAGUACACAGUAUUGCAACUGUGGUAGAAGGAGGGUAUCUUGCCAACGACAAAGUCGAGGUGACAUUUACCGGAAAGCCCGCGCAUGCAGCUGCGGCUCCAUGGGAAGGAAUCAACGCCCUGGACGCGGUGGUCGCGGCCUAUGUCAACAUUUCGCUCCUACGACAACAGAUUCUGCCCUCGCAAAGGGUUCACGGUGUAAUUGUCAAUGGAGGCGAUCGCCCCAAUAUUGUCCCCAUGUCCGCCACGUUGGAUUACUAUAUUCGUUCGCCUACGAAGAAGACACUGCAGCAACUCACAGCAAAAGUCAUCAAGUGCUUCGAAGCCGCUGCAACCGCGACUGGAUGUAAAGUAGAAUACAAAUGGGGUGUAUCAUACGAUGAUCUGAAACCCAACAUGCCCAUCUGCGAAAGUUUCGUCGCUGCAAUGGGAGCGCUGGGUCGCCAAACCAUGCUCGACAACUCCGCCCAAAAGAGUACAAUGUCGGGUGGCGCCUCCACUGAUAUGGGCAACGUCUCUUAUGUUGUACCGGGCUUCCAUGGAAUCUUCUGUAUUCCUGCAAAGGGGGUCAAUCAUACUCAUGAAUUCACCAGCGGGGCAGGCUCACCCGAAGCGUUUGAGAGAGCCAUCCACUGUAGUGCUGGAAUGGCAGUGGUCGGGUGCCAAGUUUUGAUCGACAACCAAUUUGCAGAGGCAGUGAAGAAGGACUUUGAGAGUAGAUGUACAUAG